CCCACACCUCCAAUCUCAUUGACUGAAUCACCUGACUCCAAUUAGCUUUUGGAGAAUUCAUUAGCCUGGAGGCUCACAUUUUCCAACCUGUGAAUGUUUAAGUGAUGCAUUCAGUAUUAACAAGAAGUCUUUAUUAUGUUUGUUAUUGGUUUAAGCAGAUUGCGUUGUGUAAUUAAUGCAGAAUACCAGGCCAACUGGUCCUCUGCUGUAAUUCCAGUAGAGGAAGAAGACCCCAAUUUCUGGAAUGUGAAAGGAAAGGAGGCUCUGAGGAAGGCUUUGAACCUGAAACCCAACCCAUACCAGGCCAAGAACCUCAUCCUCUUCCUUGGUGAUGGCAUGGGUAUCGCCACAGUGGCAGCUGCCCGGAUCCUCCAAGGGCAGAUGGCAGGGAAGACGGGCGAGGAGAACUCCCUGGCCAUGGACACCUUUCCCUACCUGGCUCUCUCAAAGACCUACAACGUGGAUCAGCAGAUGCCUGACAGCGCGGGUACAGCGACCGCAUACCUGUGUGGUGUCAAGGCCAACUACGGCACGCUAGGCCUUAGCGCCUCUGCCCGGCGGUACCAGUGCAACACUACCAAAGGCAAUGAGGUCUUUUCUGUGCUACACAGAGCCAGAAUGGCAGGGAAAUCAGUGGGCAUCAUAUCCACGGCGCGGGUCCAGCACGCCUCCCCGGGAGCCGCAUACUCGCACACGGCCGACAGGGGGUGGUACAGUGAUGCAGAACUGACCCCUGAUGCAGUGCAGCAAGGGUGCCGGGACAUCGCCUAUCAGCUGGUCCACAACACCGAUAUACAAGUUAUCCUUGGAGGAGGGAGAAAGUACAUGCUGCCCAAUGUGACUCAGGAUCCUGAAUACCCAGAAUCCACUGGAACCCGACUGGACAAUGUUAACUUGAUCAAUGAAUGGCUCAAAGGCAAGAAGAAUCCAAGAUUUGUGUGGAACAAGGCAGAGUUGAAUUCUGUAGAUCUGGAUAAAACAGACUAUCUGAUGGGGUUGUUUGAGCCAUCGGACAUGAGGUUUGAGCUGGACCGUGACGUCAACACUGACCCCUCGCUCACAGAGAUGAUGGAAAAAGCCAUCCUUAUCCUCAGGAGGAACCCCAAAGGAUUUUACCUUUUUGUGGAAGAUGAUGGCAGGAUAGAUCACGGACACCAUGCUGGAAAGGCCAAACUGGCCCUCACAGAGGCAGUGGAGCUGGACCGGGCCAUCAGGAGGGCGGGAGAGCUCACCAGUGAACUAGACACCCUGUCGGUGGUUACUGCCGAUCACUCCCACGUCUUCAGCUUCGGAGGGUAUUCCUCCAGGGGUAACCCUGUCCUGGGGCUGUCAAGAGUUAUAGCUGAUGAUGGAAAGCCAUUCACUAAUGCACUAUACGGAAAUGGACCUGGGUACAGAGUAGAGAAAGGAAGCCGCCCUGAAGUUAAUGCAACCAUUGCAGAUGGUAAUGACUACAUGCAGAAUGCUGCAGUGCCUCUCCCUGCGGAGACCCACGGCUCCGAGGAUGUGGCCAUUUUUGCCAAGGGCGCCAUGGCCCACCUGUUCCAUGGAGUGCAGGAGCAGAGCUACAUCGCUCAUGCCAUGGCCUACGCUGCCUGCAUCGAGCCGUACACCGACUGCCGGCUGCAGCUGUACGUGGAGCCCAGCAACGCCAUGUCCUCACGGUCCAGCUUCCUGACCCUUCUGCUGAGCCUGCUGCCGGCUGUGUACGCCUGCAUUUGCGCGUGAAGAACUCGCACAUGGAAGACGCAGCCCCACAAGUACUAGUGCCUCUAACUCAUCUGCUCAGUGACUGUACUGUACUGAGAAUGAUUAAGUGAGAGCAUUAUUCUGUAUGUCUGUGGGAGGAGGCAGCUUCCACAGUAAACUCAUUUAAUCAGUAUGAGUUCAGGAGUAUGAGAAGACCUGCUAAAUACUUCAGCUUUUGUGAAUAAAGGGAUGGCCAGCUCUUGUUUAUUCUU